AUCAUUACACCCAAAAGGCAAAAAAUUCAAGUGUAGUCUAUAUGGAGAAGUGUCGCAUCUUACUUGUCACCUUUCCGGCACAAGGUCACAUUAACCCAUCAUUGCAAUUCGCCAAGCGCCUUGUCCGAAUGAGUGUCAAAGUCACCUUCUUAACCAGCGUCUCUGCCAUUCGCCACAUGGCCAAAACCACUCCACCUCCAGAAGGAUUAGCCUUCGCUUCCUUCUCUGAUGGUUAUGAUAAUGGGUGGACAGUUAGUGACGAACGCUUCAUAUCUGAGCUUACAAGACUUGGUUCCCAAGCGGUGGCAGAACUCAUCACCGCCGGUGCUGCCGAAGGCCACCCGUUUAUCCAUGUGAUCUACACCACCCUACUUCCAUGGGUAGGACGGGUGGCGCGUCGCCUUCAUCUCUCCGCCACACUUCUUUGGAUUCAACCAGCCACCGUUUUCGAUAUUUAUUAUUAUUACUUCAAUGGUUACGCUGAGAUCAAUAAAAAUAAUAGCAGUGACCCCUCAUUUUCCAUUGAAUUACCAGGGCUGCCACCUCUUGCCAUUUGUGACCUUCCCUCUUUUUUUCACUCUUCAAAUUCAAACAUAUACAAUUUCGCAAUCCCAGCAUUAAUGGGGCAUUUUGAGCUACUUGAUGAAGAAACAAACCCAAAAGUACUCCUAAACACCUUUGAUGCUUUGGAAACUGAGGCCCUAAGGGCUAUUGAGAAGUAUAACUUAAAGGCAAUAGGACCACUAAUACCAUCAGCUUUCUUGGAUGGAAAAGAUCCAUCUGAUACGUCCUUUGGAGGCGAUCUCUUUCAAAAAUCAAGAGAUUAUGUGGAAUGGUUGAACUCAAAAACCAAAUCUUCUGUGGUUUACGUAUCGUUUGGAAGCAUAUCCGUGUUAUCAAAGCAACAAAUGGAAGAGCUUGCCUUCGGAUUGCUAGAAAGCCAUCGGCCAUUUUUGUGGGUGAUUAGAGGAACUGGUAAUGGGGAGAAAGAAGAAGAAAAGUUGAGUCGCAGUGAAGAACUAGAAAAACAGGGGAUGAUAGUGCCAUGGUGUUCUCAAGUGGAGGUUCUUUCGCACCCAUCGGUGGGGUGUUUUGUGACACAUUGCGGGUGGAAUUCGACAGUGGAGAGCUUGGUUUCUGGGGUGCCAGUGGUGGCGUUUCCGCAGUGGACCGAUCAGACGACCAAUGCAAAGCUCAUCAAAGACGUUUGGAAGACUGGGGAGAGGGUGACUGAGAGUGGAGGAGUCGUCGGAGGUGGUGAAAUCAAGAGGUGCUUAGAGCUGGUGAUAGGAAGCGGAGAUAGAGGCGAAGAGAUGAGAGAGAAUGCUAAGAAAUGGAAGGAUUUGGCGAGGGAAGCUGUGAAGGAAGGUGGAUCCUCGGACAUGAAUCUUAAGGCUUUUGUGGAUGAGAUUCGAGGUGGCAGUCAGUAAAAUUUAUUCACAAAGGCCAAUUCUAGACAACCAAAAUAAGGCAUUGGUAUUGAUAUUGAAUAAGCACUGCAUCAUUUGAUUUCUAGUUUCGUUUUUAUUUUUUUGUUGUUGGUCUAGCAUAUGUUUUAUGGUUGAGUACCCUUUUUUACUUUCUCUUCAUUUGUUUUGAGGGGUGUCAUGCUUGU